UUCAGCAAUUUGGAUCUGGCAACACUGGGAGUGUUGCCGUCGGGGGGUGGCUCCGACGGCACAGCAACAACAACAACAAACAUGGCAGCAGAUUCAAAGCAACAGUGGGAAGUUGUCAAGAAAUGUUUCUAUAUCGAUGGGAAUUUUACGAGCGGAGGUGGCAGUGAUAAUGAUUUGGAGCUGGUGAUGAGACUGGUACAGCAGUUAGGAGCAGGGCAACUUGUUCUGGAUCUGGCUCUUAACUCCAUCUGGGUCACUUUCAGACAAUCAAUUGUGCCUAAAUUUUGGAGCCACUUUGUUACAUACAACACUCACAAGAGUGGUCAAGAAGAAGAACCAGGCGAGGGAAGUGUAGAGGUCAUGUCAAGAGUAACUACUGCAGUUAGUGAACUUUACAGCAGUGUGGUCAUGUUUGUGCCUCAGAUGUUCAGAUGUGAAAUGUUAUUUGAGCAUUGUGGAGCCAAGAUUGAAGACUGUAUUCCCGGUGGCCUGUUGGAGCACUUCAAGCUUCAUCUCCGAGCCACCCUGCAUAGCCAAAUGCCAACAUCCUUUACAAACCUUCUUCACAAAUUUUAUGCUGCAGCUUUUAAAGUUUUUUAUCAUGCUGAAGGAGGCAAUCAGGCGGAAGAAUCUGACGAAGCAGCAGAUGAGGCUGUACAGUGCGGUGGGUGUGAUGCCUCAACUGAUGCCUGCCAGUGCCAAGCUAUUACUAAAGCAUUUUGUGAAGUUAACAAACAGUUACUGGAUCUGGACUUAUUAGAGAGACUUGCUGGUGAUAUUAUAUCAUCCCUGUUGCUGUCCAUCAUCACUGAUCAUGUCACAGCCACUUGCCGGGACUCGUAUGAUCAGUCACGGAUCACCCAGCUUGAGAAGUGGGUAGAGAAUGUAGUGAUUGGAUGGUUGGAAGUGGUGUACUGUGGAGGACGAGGUCAGCUUUCUUCAGCCGAUUCUGCCAUCCAGACUAUGGUGUCUAACAACCUUAACCAGACGUAUAUGACGGCUCUCUACCAUACAUACACCACCACACGGAUAGACCAGCUCUUCAAUAUUGUCAUUGAAUACCCAGAAUCUCAGCCAGCUCUAGAAGAUAUCAGAGAAUGUUUAGAUCGAACACAUCUAAGGAACCACCUUGUGGAAUCCUUGAGAUCAGCAAUACAGACACGUCUUCUUCACCCUGGGGUCAACACAACAGAUGUUCUUCACGCAUACAUUUCAGCUAUUAAGGCUUUACGUGUGCUGGAUCCCAAGGGUGUUCUUCUUGAACUUGUUUCAGAACCUGUAAGACAAUACCUACGUGGAAGGGAAGACACAGUGCGUUAUAUUGUAACAAGCUUGACUGAUGAAAGUUGCUCAGAACUAUCAGAAGAGUUGCUUGUUGCAGCACCACUAGUCUUGGAUGACUCCCACAGUGAUGAUGAUAACACAGACAACUGGGAGACAUGGACGCCUGAUCCAGUACAUGCUCAUAGUUUGAAAUCAAAAUCACAGCGUACAGCAGACAUCAUCUCAAUGUUGGUGAAUAUUUAUGGGAGCAAAGAUGUGUUCAUCACUGAAUACCGUACUAUUCUGGCUGACCGCAUCCUCUCCCAGUUUAGCUAUGACACUGAGAGAGAGAUCAGAUAUUUGGAACACCUUAAAGUUAGAUUUGGAGAAACCCUCGCACUUCUUCAUAAAUGUGAGGUAAUGGUGAAAGAUGUUGCAGACUCCAAGCGCAUCAAUAGUUCCAUUAAUUCUGACGAGAACCCUCGCAGGGAGAAGCAAAUGUUUCCUGUGUCAUGUAUGAUUCUUUCUGCACAGUUUUGGCCAUCAUUUAAGGAAGAACGUCUUCAGCUACCCGAGGAAGUAACAAAGGAACUUGACACCUAUACUGAGGCAUUCCAAGACCUUAAGGGUAACAGAACACUUAACUGGAAGCCACACUUAGGACAGGUUCAGGUAGAAAUUGAGUUGAAAAACCGUACUCUAAACUUGACCGUCACACCAACACAAGCUACUAUCAUAUAUCAUUUUCAAGAACGAUCUCGUUGGACCAUAGAUGAUCUGAGUGCUAUCACACAGGUUCCUAAAACUGUUCUGAGGAGGAAGAUUACUUACUGGCAAACACAGGGUGUGUUGCAAGAGGUUGAAUCAGAUGUGUUUGUACUUGUUGAAGGAGAAGAACUUGGUGACAAAGGUCACGUUGCAGCAGCGGGUGUGUCCCAGCCUGAUAUAGCUCCUGCAGCAAUAGAGGAGGAUGAAGCAGAGAGUGUUAUGGCUUCAGCACAAGACCAAAGAGAAGAGGAGUUGCAGGUGUUUUGGACGUACAUUGUUGGAAUGCUGACAAACUUGGACUCUCUUCCUCUUGAGCGUAUUCAUGCUAUGCUUAAAAUGUUUGUCCAGGGAUCUGUGGAAUGCAGUCCUCAAGAACUGCGGGCCUUUCUUGAUCGUAAAGUUCGCCAGCACCACCUUAUUUUCACCAAUGGCCUGUAUAAGUUGCCUAAAAAUUAAAAUUUAUUACAUUGA